AGUGUUUGCGCGACGCUUCUCUCGGGUUCGUCGGGGCAUCGGAUCGGGUCAGGGAAAGUUACCAUAGCAACGGGAGCGGGGGGGUAUUUACCUAGUUACUGGGGGUAAUUACCCUUGUAGUAGGGGUAAUUACCGCCUAAGGGCAGGAGGGGUGUAAUUACCCUGAGUAACAAUGCUACAGGGGUGAUUACUGUAGCACAGGCGGGAGGGGUAAUUACCCUGGCAACAAGACAGGGGUAAUUAUUCUAAUAACAUAGCAACGGGGCAAAAAUAAUUGCCAAGCAACAGGACUGUGGGUAAUUAUUAAAGUGACAGGGGUAAUUACCAGAGCAAAGGGUAAUUAUCCUAGUAACAGCGGUUAUUACAGCAGGUGGGGGUAAUUAUUACUUGUAAAAGGGGUAAUAACUACAGCAAGUUGGGGGUUAUUAUUCUAUAACAGGGAUAAUUUACCAAUUUGGGAGUAAUUGCUGUAUAACAGGGUUAAUUAUUACAGUGUGGGGGUCAUAAGAUGUAAUAGGACCAAGGGUGGUAAAUACCCCAGUAACUGUAGUGAUUACCUUAGUAACAGAGGAUAAUUACUGUAACAACAGGAGUAAUUGCCCUCAUAGCAGGGGUACUAGGAUCUGGCGGUACUUACUCUGAUAACAAGAUUGGUAGGCGGCAUUGUACCAGUGUUGUGGGAUAUUACCCAGAGGGAAGGAGUAUGUGUGUGUGUUGAUGACAGAGGAGGUGAGGGAUUGGUGCCCUUCCUCAGUUGUCUACCCACCAGUGACUCCAGAGAAAGAGAGGAGCCCCAGGCUGUGCCAAGCUACCAAUCCCAGUGAGUGACACAGACUCGGCAGCAUGGCAGUAGAACUGGAUGUGUUUGUUGGCAACACAACUCUGAUUGACAAGGAUGUGUAUAAGCUCUGGCUCGAUGGAUACUCAGUCAGUGAUGCGGUGGCAAUUCGUAUUGAAAGCGGGAUAUUGGAGCAGACUGGUGCAUCCCCAGAUGUUCUGGAGAGUGACACCAUGGAUCAUUACCGCACCUUCCAGAUGUUGGAGCGCCUACUACAUAGCCCCCCGAAACUGAUCAACCAACUCCUCUUCCAGACACCCCCGCCGAUGCAGUCCAUGUUGAUUGAGAAGUACUACACGUUCGAUGAGCCAUUUGUACGGGAAGUCCUGGGGAAGAAGUUGUCGAAAGGGACCAAGAAGGACCUGGAUGAUGUCAGCGCCAAAACAGGCAUCACACUGAAGAGCUGCCGCAGACAGUUUGAUAACUUCAAGAGGGUGUUCAAAGUGGUGGAAGAGAUGAAAGGGCCGCUGGUGGAGAACAUUCAGCACAACUUCCUACUGUCAGACCAGCUGGCUGGUGACUACGCGGCCGUGGUGUUCUUUGCCAACAAUCGCUUCGAGACAGGCAAGAAGAAGCUCCAGUACCUGACCUUUGAGGACUUUGCCUGCUGCGCUGAGCAGCUGAUACAGAACUGGACCCUGGGAGCCGUGGACUCCAAUGUUGAUGACAUGGAUGUGGACCUGGACAGAGAAUUCCUGCAGGACCUCAAGGAUCUGAAAGUGCUCAUCACCGACAAGGACUUGUUGGACCAGCACAAAAGCUUGGUCUGCACUGCUCUGAGGGGCAAGGUCAGCAUCUUUAAUGAAAUGGAAGCAAACUUCAAGAACCUCUCCCGGGCUCUCAUCAACAUUGCUGCCAAGCUCAUUCACACCAAGGACGUGCGAGAUCUCUUCAUUGACCUGGUGGAGAAGUUCAUCGAGCCUUGCAAGUCGGAUCGCUGGAGCAGCAACGACGUCUGCAUUUUCCUGGCACAGUACACCAACACAGCCCGCGCCCUCGACGCCUUCAAACACCAGGCUUUGUGGGAGCGAUACAUGGGCACCAUAAAAAGUUGCAUCAUGAAGAUGUAUCACGACUGAGGAUUGGCUCAGGUCUUGGCCCCGCACGGAGGGAGCUACAGAACUCAGACUGCUGUUCGCAGGGAGAGACCCACCAACUAUCCGAAUCAAUCCUCUGCAGAAACUAGCAGGAAUCUGCAAACCCGUGAGAGAUUUUAUGAGUGUGGCUUCUUAAAACUUUGGAAUGAUUUAAAGAGUGGAUCCUGCCCUGGUGGACCCUGCUGUUUGUUAUUUUAAUGUGGAGGGAGCAAAGGGCCUCUCCUUCACGGUGUUUCCCUGGGGCUUGUCCAGGGGACUGUGUUAUCCGGGGGACAGGAUUUUCCGAGGGACUACCCACUUCAAAGGCAAACAGGCUGCCCGAAUGUUCAAUAAACAGGUUAAACCCUCUCACUGCCGUUGGGUCUGCAGGAGAGUUGAAUGA